AUUUAACACUAUAACCUGAACUCAAACUAAUUCAAGAGGAAUUUAACACUUUCAAAUCCAAGUAAAAUUGAACUGCCCAAACUGAUAGAUUGGUUUCAACUAAAAACACCCUGAGAAAUAUACAAACUAAGGAUAAUAAAACUGGUGUAAGACAACACCACACCGAGUCUGGACUAUUGUUCCACCGUCACCCAAAUAGGUACUUCGAUUAUAACGAACUUACCAAAGCAAAGUCCCAGAAUCCCAGUUCAACAUCCGCCUCACUUUCCCGUCGAUUUUCUGGCCAACCAAACAGAACCCCACCUUGACAACCUUGUUCCAACAGUUUUCAAGGUGGUAAGAACAGAGACCCGUUGGCCCAUUGCUGCUCCUCCUUCAACAGUUUCUUGAAGGGUUUUGCAGCGAUUCAAAACGUCAUAAAAAUCAAACCUUUACCCGGAAAAAUCCAGCAAAAUCAUGUCUUGUUCGAAUCUAACGACUUGGGUAUCCUCAAAAAUUGACUCAUUUUCUCUUUCAUUCUUAGACCGGAGCUCAUGCCAUAAUCUCUGCAAUUCUUCAUUCCUAAAAUACCCUUAUCGAUCUUCAGCAUCUACACCAAUGCAUUGUAGUCUUCGUGAGCUUAAAGAACGGAUCAAUUCAGUGAAGAACACCCAGAAGAUCACUGAGGCAAUGAAGCUUGUUGCGGCUGCAAGAGUCAGGCGAGCCCAAGAAGCUGUGAUUAAUGGUAGGCCUUUUACUGAAAAGCUUUUAGAGUUUCUUUAUGCUGUAAAUAAAGAAUUACAAGCUGAUGAUAUUGAUAUUCCUUUGACAAAUAUCCGGCCUGUUAAAAAAGUUUCUCUUGUUGUUAUAACCGGUGAUAGAGGUCUGUGUGGUGGUUUUAACAAUGCUGUGAUCAGAAAGGCUGAAUCCCGGAUGGCUGAAUUGAAAGAAAAUGGACUUGAUUAUGUUGUUAUUAGUGUAGGUAAAAAGGGUAAUGCUUAUUUUAAACGUAGGAGUGAUGUUGCAGUUGUUAGGAGUAUUGAGGGAAGGGGGUUUUAUAGUGUAAAAGAAGCUCAAUUGAUUGCUGAUAGUGUUUUUUCACUAUUUGUUAGUGAAGAGGUUGAUAAGGUAGAGUUAGUAUACACGAAGUUUGUGUCGCUGGUGAGAUCCGAUCCUGUGGUUCAAACUCUGUUACCUUUAUCAAUGAAAGGUGAGGCUUGUGAUGUGAAUGGGAAGUGUGUUGAUGCUGUGGAGGAUGAGUUGUUUAGGCUGACGACUAAGGAUGGCAAGUUGAUUGUUGAGAGAGAUAGUGUUAGGUUGGAUGGUGGGGGUUUAUCGCCUCUUAUGCGGUUUGAGCAGGAUCCGGCCCAGAUUCUUGAUGCAAUGAUGCCUCUAUAUUUGAACAGUCAGAUUUUGAGGUCAUUGCAGGAAUCAGUGGCUAGUGAGGUUGCUGCAAGGAUGAGUGCCAUGACUUCCUCUACUGAUAAUGCGAUUGAAUUGAAUAAGAAUCUUUCAAUUGCUUAUAAUCGGGAACGUCAGGCAAAAAUUACUAGUGAACUAUUGGAGAUCGUCGCUGGAGCUGAGGCACUUAUGCAGUUAGAUUGAUUUCGACCUUUUUAUUUUGGCCUAAUUUCAUUUGUUCUGCAAAAAUUUUGCAGCUUAUUUCAUAUGCCAGUAAAGGAAUCCAUUGAUUUGAGGCAGGUUGAUAAAUCGUAGAGAUGGCUUUUUAUUUCAUGAACUAGAAUUUUUUAUUAGAAAGCAAUCCCAGUUUUGUUCUCAAAUUGUCUUGUUCCAUCUUAUCAUCUUUGCCAUUUCAUUUAUGCUGAGGAAUCAUUGACUGUGCAAUGAAUUUUUGCACAUUCUAGAUUCAGGGUUUUUGAUUUGAAGUUCAGUUCAGUUGAGAUGAUUCUUAGUCAGAGUCUCUAUUGUAAUAGAAAACUUUUAAGUUUCUUUCUCAAGUUCUCUGACCUUCCAAGCUGAA